UAAGCAUUGCGUCUCGAUAUUUUACCACUGAUCUUAACCAUAAAACACGAAAUAAUUACUGAAUGACGAGUGAUAAUAGUAAGCAUGAUUUAAAUAUUUAUUGAUUUAUUGUAGAGUUUGUGUAUUACAAUCGUUCUUCAUGUGAAACUGUAAUUCAGAGCAAAUGAACAAUGGCCGAUAGAACACUCAUUCUAAGUUCCGCCGUUACUGAUAAUGCACAACAGUAUCGUGCUUCUGAAGAGGACGUUCUGAGUGAAACAUCCGACGAGUGUGCCGAUACGCAUCACAGUUUUAACUAUGGAUAUCGCUCCUCCAGCAACUCGGAUGAUAAUGCCGCCGAUGAUGAAGAGGACGAGGAAGACCCGUAUCAGGAAUUGUUUAUGAAUGCGUACCGUUCUGCGCCGCAAUCAUCGGACGACGAAGAGACUGAAAAGGACUCCAAAGGAUGCACGAAUCCCGCUGCAAAACCGCUUUGCCUGAUGGAGGAUUGGGAUCUGUGGGAUUACAUGGACGAGAGUGAACUGAAGGAACGGUUGAAAGACCAUCCCCAGCUGCUGGAAGAAAUUACACGCAAACGCAAACGACGCAUGCAGGAGGAAGAGGAUGCAGCAACAGCACUGGAGGACGAUGAACUUUGUAAUGUGAUGAAUAGAGCCGUGAAAUGUAUCCGUAUUGAACAAUCCCAAUUGACCAGUUAGGGUAUGCACGUGGAAGAAUUUAAAGGCACAAUGUACAUACAUACGUAAAAUCAUUUUUCACCAGAGCUCCUUGUAUUCCCAGUAUAUUCUUUUAGUUUUUUUCCAAAUUUUAGAAUAACUGUUUCCCAUUUUUUUGUUUUUAACAAUGGUUAGGCCAUUUAUUUGGAAAUUGUGGCUCUAAGUGGAUAAAAAAUCGGAAACAUUAUCACUUGAACGACAGGAACUUGCUUUAAAUCAGUAGUCUCAAAAAUUUUCAGCCUACUAGGCGCAUUGGUUGAAACUAACGUUGUUGGGGGUCAUUUAUACAGAGGCUGGAAGCUCACGAGGGCCGCAGUUUCGAGACCCCUGCUUUAAAUGAUAAGAUGUUCUAACCAAGUGUGUAGAAAUUAGGAGCAUUAGUGUUAUGAAUAUUUCCAGAUGAAUUCUUCCAAUUAUUAAUUAAGUUUAACUAAACGUAGAAUUGACAGCAGCCAAAUCUCUUCAAUAUUUAGAACUCUAAAACGAAAUUAGGUUCAAUGCAAUUAAGUAUAGAUUUCUUCAGUACAUAUCGUAGUAUAUAGUCGCCUAUGCUUUCAAAUUUAUUAUAAAAAAGGGAUAAAUUUGUCUUCAAACAUUGAAAACUUUGAAUUACAGUAUAUAACAUAUAAACAACAUAACAACAUAUAAAAUUUUCGGUCUUUCGAAUGAUCGAACGUAAUAAGGGUUUUGUUACGUAUACAAUUGA